AUGCGGUUUCCGUUGAGAAGGUUCUUCGGCUUCGUCUUCAAAUACCGACCGACCGACUCUUGGCCCAUUUCAGAACACUGCAACUCCCUGUUCUUCAUUCUCAGGUCUUUGGAAAUGGCUUCGACUAUGAAGUUUGUGUAUUACAAUCAAGGAAUAGACCAAGAAGUUAAAAAUAAUAAUAUGUAAGUCAGGUGCUUGUUGUACUAUAUUGUUAGUAGUGAUGAGAAAAGAUUAGAAGAUGUCAAAAGAAGGUUUCGCCGGAGUGGAUCAGUGGGAGUACCCUUUGUAUCCGAGGAAGAAGCUAAAGAACUCAAGGUAAUCACUUCCUUGGACUCUGAAAUAACUUUAAUUUAGCAUCAAAAGACAAUUGAGGAAGUUGCUGAUGAAAACGGGAUUUUAUUUUUGGCCAUGAUUAUAACAACCAAGAAAACUUCUGAAUCCAUCUCCAAAAUCCUAGCCCUUCUUCCCGUGGAGGUCUCGGUAAAACAUAUUGAAAGUAGGGACCCGAAGCAUGGUAUCCACGAUGAUUUGGAAGUGUUCGUAGAAGUUGAAGUUCCCGGUCAUCUUCCACCCGAUUCCGUAACAGCACAGUUAAAAGCCAAGGGAUAUGUUGUCCAUGAAGUUUCGAGAACGGAGAUACCUUUAGGAGCUGAAGAAUUCAGAGAUCCUGGCUCAGAAGAUGCUCUCUCGGGGUGUCCUUGGUUUCCGAAAGCGAUCAAGGAUCUGGAUAUCAGUGGGAAACGAGUGAUCAUGUAUGGGGCCGGGGGGUUGGAUGCCGAUCACCCAGUGGGUUAUUUUACGCGAUUCAAAAAUAUCUGGGCAGCCUCCGAAUUAAUCAUUUCAGGGAUUCAAAGACGAGGAAUACCGGAAACGUCGGAUGAUGUUUGCCGAAAUAGCACUCAAUUAUAGACAGUAAGGAUCUAUUCAAAAUUAUCGGUUUUCUAGGGGUGAUCCAAUUCCACGCAUAACCUACACGGACGCGGAAAUAAAGACAUGGUAAGUUGGGGUAUUCAAAAGUAUUCUUCGUUCCAGGGGUGUUAUCUACCGUCGACUCCGAGAACUUCACUUGAAACAUGCCUGCAAAGAGUUCCUCGAGAAUUUUGAAUUGCUCGAAAAGUAUUGCGGAUACUCUGAAAACAACAUCCCACAACUCGAAGAUGUCAGCAAUUUUCUGAAAGGUAUUUAAAACAAUUUUGAACAACCUUCUUAGAAAAGACCGGAUUCAGAAUUCGUCCUGUGGCAGGUUAUUUAUCUGCGCGGGAUUUCUUGGCUGGGUUGGCUUUCCGAGUAUUUAAUUGUACUCAGUAUCUUCGACAUCAUGCUGACCCUUUUUACACUCCAGAACCGUAAGUAUUGUUAAGAAGAUGUUCAAAUCUUUUCUAGGGAUACGGUCCACGAACUCAUGGGGCACAUGGCUUUGUUUGCCGAUCCUGAGUUCGCUCAGUUUUCCCAGGAACUUGGAUUGGCAUCCCUGGGAGCUUCAGAAGAGGAUCUUAAAAAACUAGCGACGGUAAGAAGCAACGAUGACGACAGCAUAGUUAAUACAACGCCUUAAAGGACAUGGCGAUCUAUUCCAUUAACCACCAAUUUUUAGCUUUACUUCUUUUCCAUCGAAUUCGGAUUAUGCACAGUGGAUAAGAAGAAGCCAGAUGAGAUUGGAUACAAGAUUUAUGGCGCCGGUUUACUUUCAAGUGCCGGAGAACUGGUGGUAUGUUUGGGAAACCAAUUACCGACUUCUUUAGCAUGCCGUGGAAGCUCAAGAGAAGAUUCUCCGAUUCGACCCGGACCGAGUAGUCCAACAAGAAUGUCUCAUCACAACUUUCCAAGACAAUUACUUCUUUACGCGGAGUUUUGAUGAGGUUCAGCAAAAACUUCGGUAUGUUUAGAAAUUAAUUCUUCAAGUUGUUUUCAGUACUUUUACGAACAGCAUGAAUCGUCCUUUCGUCGUCCGAUACAAUCCAUAUACAGAAUCCAUCGAAGUUCUCAACAAUAAGAGAUCCAUCAUGCUGGCAGUUAACUCUCUUCGCUCCGAUAUUAACCUUUUAGCUGGCUCUCUACGCAAUAUUCUUUGA